AUGAGAUCACGGCGAAAUACUUGCAACGCUCUUUCGGCGAUGAGAAAUGCUCGGACAGAGACAAAAAUCGAGGACCUCUUGGAGCCGCUCGCAUCGACGGGAUUUCAAGGACAUCGAGGAAUUGAUGAUCAAGAAAAUGAUGAAUUCAUUGAUUCGGAUGAAAAGUUAACCCAGCCUUCCGGAAUCAAUGAAAUCGCGCUAGCCAAUCUGCAUAUUCUCGAGAAAAUCAGAGAUCAAUUGAAACCUAUUGAACCAAAACUACCGAAAGAUGAGCACGAAGCGAAGAAAGGUCAGGAAAGUAUCAAAUUGAAUGGAGCGGAAAAAGCCAAAGAUGAGAUUCAAAAAAUGAUUUCGAGAAUGCUUGAUGAUUUCCAGAAGAAAUUUGAGCAAAUGUUUGAAACGAAACUUCAGCACUGGGACCCAGCUCAACACCAACCGAACAACAUCAACCCUGAAACCGAUAAAAUUUUGGAAAUUCCGCCCGGCGAAGAUUUGAGAUCAAUCCAAGAUCUUCAGCACUGGGACCCAGAACAACACCAACUGAACAGCACCAACCGUAAAGCCGAUGAAAGUUUGGAAAUUCCGCCCGGUGAAGAUUUGGGAUCAAUCCAAGAGGUCCGCCCGGAGGGCUCAUCAGCUGCUGGCAAUCUUGAUAGCUAUGUGUCAGAGGAUCCAAUAUUCAUUAAUAAUCUUAAC